ACAUGUGCAUAGUGUACUUCAAUGAUUCUCAGAGAGGCUAUACACGUGCAUAUUGUGGCUACAUUACAGUAUAAUUGUGUUACUUAUAUGUGGUAAUUAGUAAUUAAGUAAAAUUGAAUUAAUUCGAGUCAGAUUUGUUGAAAGAAAUUAUGAAAUGACAGCCUGACUCCUGAAAUAUUACAGCUGUGUUUGGAUACCGGAAGUGAGCUGUUAGCAGACGGUAAAGAAACCGGAUGUCAACCGAAAUACACAACACGAAGAAGAAGAGUGAGGAGGUGGUGAUCAGCUGAAGCAGCGAGGUGCUGGAUCAGCUAGAAGCUCGUUUUCACAGCGAGUUACUGCAGGAGGAAGAUUGUUUUAUAACUAAAGCAUUCCUCAGGGUCCGUUUGACUGUCGUAGCUCCUCGGGGGAAUAAAAUGGAGGGUCCUCUGCCCCUGUCCUCGCUGAGGCUCCUGGUUCCACCUCUGCGGGUGAUGACGGCGGUGAUGUGGAAGGUGGUUCGUCUCAGGAACAUCAUGCAUUAUGGGAAAGUGGAGGAGUUUGUGUCCUUGGUAACUGAAGCCGUCCCUGGCAUCUUGACAGACAGACAGAUGAGAUUGCUCACUCUGGGCUUAAGAGCAAAGAUGACGUUACAAAUGUUAAGUUCUGAAGAGUCAGAGGAUCUCAGAGGUGUUAAAACACGUUUGAACAGCCUCCUGCCAUCUAGCUCAAAACAGGUUCAUCCAGGAAAUGAAGCUCUUGAAGCCAACUUUGUCAGGCUUGUUCAAAGACUCCUGGAGGACCCAAAAGGGAGAGAGCACUUCCUCAAGAAUGUGUUUCCUGUGGAGUACGGGCCUGACUUUGAUACGGCUCUGGAGACACUGGUUUGUGAGUUCUUCACCAGACUGGAAGAGUUGCUGCUCAUACCAGACUUUAAGAAGACUGCAGUGUGGAUCAGUGAUACACCCUCUGUGUUAGAGGAGUACAUGCAGUGUGUAUCCAAAGCAGAUAACCUUAAAGUACUGCUCAGAAGCAAGGCCCACCGUGGUAAAAUGGCUAAGAUGGAUACCAAUGUGCCCUCUCCCUCAGAGCAGCGGCUCUUAUCAUCAUUAUCUCUCCCUCUUUCAAUGCGAGAAACCAACACCAAAGAUGUAGAAUCUAACACACAAACAUUUCAAAACCAAAGAGAAUCUGAGGGGAUUUCUCCCCAGGACGCAGGAGAUAUAGGGGUUCAGGAUGCAAGUUGGCCAUCUGAGGAGGAAUCAAACAUUCUGGACAGCAGCAGUGCAGAACAAACAGGAGGGAAAUGCAGUGACAGCGUUCCUGAUGUUCACGUUGUGGAGGAGUAUGAUGACAGAGCUUCAGACACCUGCCGAGCUCCCUCUACAUCUACUGAGAGUCCUGUAUUGUCCAGCUCCAUGAUUGGUCCUGUACGGCAGAGAGUUGCACACAAAUGCGCUCAGUGUGGAAAGUGCUACAUUUACCGCUAUUUACUCGUGCAGCAUCAGAGGCUGCACACUGGAGAAAACCCUUACAAGUGCUCUCAGUGCGGAAAGGCCUUUAGGAGGAGCUCUGACAUGUCAUCUCACAGGCGGACACAGUGCACAAAAGCAGCUUAUGUUUGCUUCAAAUGCGGGAAUAGCUUUCAAUCAGUGCAGGACAAAUUUAGACACAAGUGUGUUCAUAGUGUCCAAAAGUUUGACUGUUCUCAGUGCGGAAAAAGCUUUAAGACAAUGCACUUGCUGGGUAGACAUGAGCUAACUCACACCGAGAACACCAAGAACACCAAGAACACCAAGAACACCAAGAACACCAAGAACCAUAUCCUCACGUGCAGACAGUGUGGAAAAGUGUUCCCCAGUAUGACUGAGCUGAGAUUCCACCAGAGGAUUCACCCUCCCGAUUUGUCCAAUCAGUGCAAGCAGUGUGGGAAACUGUUCCGCUCUGUUGCCUGUUUGACAACCCAUGAGUGGCGUCACAGGCAACAGAAAACACAGAUCUGUGCGCGUUGUGGCAAAGCUUUCAAGAACAAACAUGACCUGGAUCUUCACAUGCGCAGUCACACAGGCGAGAGGCCGUUUCAGUGCACAUACUGUGGGAAACGUUUCUCUGUGUCAGGAAACCUGAUUGUACACACAAGGAUCCACACUGGAGAGAAACCGUAUGUGUGCUCUGACUGCGGCAAAGGUUUUUAUUCAGCUGGCGAGCUGCAGAUACACAGACGGACGCACACAGGGGAAAGGCCAUACAAGUGCACUGUAUGUGGGAAGGGGUUCACCACGGCGAGCACAGUGACGACUCAUAUGCGCAUUCACACCGGAGAGCGCCCUUUCAUCUGUUGUAUAUGUGGGAAAGGUUUUUCAUGUGGCGGCGAAUUGAAAAGACAUACCACAAAGCAUACAGGGUUGCGACCCCACGCUUGUCAGCUGUGUGCAAAGACUUACACAUGCCUCAGAUACCUAAAGAGACACUUGAAAACUCACAGUGUAGUGCAGACUGUCUAAUUCCAUUCGUAACCAUAUGCCAUUUUUUUCAAAUGAAUGUUGUAUUCAUGCAACUAGCCUGUACUGAUUGCAGUGGAAUAUGUUCCAUAGCAUUCAUCCUCUUUUGUAAGGACUAUGUUGUAUAAAUUGUUGUUUUUACUGACUAAUUCCUUAUCCUGUGUUGUCAGAUAUGUUCUCAUUGUACCCUCUACAGUUACAUUUAAGUGUUUUACUUUUGUUCUCUGAAGUCCUAAAACAUAUAUUAAGAGUCUCUAAGAAAACACACAACAAACAAUAAAUUGCAACUAGACUAUGGAAGUACCCUAUGUGUUUGCUCCUGACAAAAGGCAGAAUUUAUACUUGAUUCCAACAUGAAAGAUCUUGCAGUGAUCUUACACUAUUAUAUGUUUAUGAUAUCUAAACAUAAUAAUAAUAAAUUAAACAACUGAAAGAAAUACGUAGCUCCAAUGCAAAUUCUGAAAAUAUAACAAAACCUGUUACCUUAAAGGUCCCAUAUCGUGCUAAUUUUCAAAAGUUAUCAAAAAUAAUAAAAAAUUUCAAAAUUG